AUGAUGAAGAGUAAAUAUGAGAAGCAAAAUUCUUAUACUACUAAUGAACGUCUAAAAGAUGAAGAAAAAAAUACGAUAACACAAGGACAUAACUCUAACAAACUUACUAAGUCAACAGAGGAAGAGAAAAAUAAAAAAGUGCUAUACUCAUUAAGUGUUGAAAAAAGUACUAUAUUAAGUGAGGAAAACUCAGUGGGGGUAAAUAGCGACCAGAGUGAAAAUGAUACAGGGGGGGAAACAAAGGAACACAUGGAGGUGCACACAAAAGGGAAAUGGAAGAAACAUCAGCCGGAACAGCAGUCGGAACAACAGCCGGAACAACAGCCGGAACAACAGCCGGAACAACAGUCGGAACAGCAGUCGGAACAACAGCCGGAACAACAGUCGGAACAACAGUCGGAACAACAGUCGGAACAACAGUCGGAACAACAGUCGGAACAACAGUCGGAACAACAGUCGGAACAACAGUCGGAACAGCAGUCGGAACAACGCAAGGAGCAACCGGAGCAGCGAAAAGAUGACGUCUUCGUCAAAAGAAUAAUAAAUGUCGAAAUAACAAAAGAAAUAAAAGAGUUCAUUGAUAUGUUUGUAAAAAAUAGAGAAGAUAUUUUGAGCUGGUGUUCAAAAAAUAAUGCUCUUUAUUCCAACAAAAUAAACGAAAAAACGUCAAACAUUAUCUUUAAUGAAUCAAAAAAUAUAGACAGAUUUUUGAAUGAGAAAAGUAUCAAUAUCGAUAUCUUAAGUGUACUCAUGUAUUUUUAUAACUUAUAUUGUACCCACAAUAAUAAGGAAAAAAUUAAUGCUCAUAAUAUUAUGAACAGUUCAUGCAUAACUUACAGGGGCAUAUAUGAAAAUAUCGACAGAAAUAGCAAAUCUUUUAAGGAUUUGCUAAACGAAGAAAAAGCAUAUAAAAGAUUGAUGGGCAAUACAAACAACAUAAAUGAUUUUUUCUCGAAUUACAAAAAAACAUAUCCCUAUGGCUUAAAUUUAAUAAUAGGUAUUUUCCUAACGUUUCUGAGCGGGUAUUAUGGAAGCCUCAUAUUAGGUUUUACCAAAUUUACUACGCGGUUGAUAUGUGGCAUAAUCUUUUCUUAUAUUACCUUAAUACUUGAAGUCAUCAUUUUUAUAAUAAUAAACGAGAAGGUUGAAAAUAAAAGCAGAAGCCAAAAAAGUAUGAACAGCAAUUAUGGAUUAUAUGAAAAGGUUAUGUAUUUUAAAAAAGAGACAUAUGAUCAAGGAAAGAUAGAGGAAAUGAAGGAAACAAAUAAACAGUCAACACUCAAACAGAGGAAGAAAGCAGAAACGUAA